UUGUGCAGGGAGAGAUAUAGAGAGAGAGAGAGAGAGGAAGCAAAUACUAUACAAUUUGGCCAAGCCACUCUGAUUUCUUGGAUUCAAAGAGAGUCCCCUUUUUCAUCCCAUUCUUCCAUACAAAUCUACCAUUUUUAGUUGAUCCCUGAGCUCACAUUUCCUGAUUUUAUUUGUUUCAAGCAAAACCUUCCUCUUAACCCUAUCACAUUAUCAUCUGGUUAGGCAUUCUCUGAUAAGAUCUUGAGAAUUAAUCUUUGGAAUUUAAAUCCACCCCAGCAGUUUUUGCAGUAAAAUGGGAAUGCCUUUCUCUAGACCUUUGGAUGAUUUGGAUAACAGGGUGGAAUCUUAUUUAGUGAGAACCAUAAGUUUUGGAAGCGAUGGCGUUAAGACCACGGUACAAUCCAUAAAUCUCAGCAAUGGUGAUCCCGAGUCUUCCAUGUUGAAGUCUCUUGGCUCAGGGAAGAUGAUCCUUGAAGGGUCUCUAAGCUUUAAAGGCACUGAAUUGGAGACCAAGAUCUCGUUGGUGUCUCCUGUUUUUCAUAAGGAAAACAAUGAAAUGGGUAUAUCAGACGGCAUAACUUGUGAAAAGUUGCCUACACCGGAUAGCACGAAAGUGCUACCUCCCAACACCUCUAACCAAAGAAACCUGGCUGCCCUGAAGUUGCAGAAAACGUAUAAGAGUUUUCGCACACGAAGACGACUAGCAGACUGUGCUGUCCUAGUAGAGCAAAGAUGGUGGAAGCUUUUAGAUUCGGUUGAACUGAAGCACAAUUCCGUUUCCUUCUUUGACAUUGAGAAACCUGAAACGGCUGUUUCUCGUUGGUCAAGAGCAAGUGCAAAAGCUGCUAAGGUGGGAAAAGGUUUGUCGAAGGAUGAGAAAGCACGUAAACUUGCUCUGCAGCAUUGGCUCGAAGCAAUUGACCCUCGUCAUCGCUAUGGCCACAAUCUUCAAUUUUAUUACGCCAAGUGGCUCCAGUGUGAAAGCAGACAACCCUUCUUCUAUUGGCUGGACAUAGGUGAAGGUAAGGAAGUAAACCUCGAGAGAUGCUCGAGAUACAAACUUCAACAGCAGUGCAUUAAGUAUCUUGGACCGGUAGAAAGAGAGACGUAUGAAGUCAUAGUGGUAGACGGGAAAUUUAUGUAUAAGCAGAGUGGGAAGUUGCUUGACACAACGCAAGGCCCCAAAAAUGCCAAGUGGAUCUUCGUGCUUAGCGUGUCGAGGGUCUUGUACGUUGCAAUGAAGCACAAAGGAACAUUUCAGCAUUCUAGUUUCUUAGCUGGUGGCGCUACGUUGUCUGCUGGAAGAUUAGUCGUCGAGGAUGGCACUCUGAAGGCGGUCUGGCCUCACAGCGGGCAUUAUCUCCCAACGGAGGAGAAUUUCGAGGAAUUUUUGUCGUUCCUCGAGGAUCAUAGCGUUGAUGUUUCUGUUGUACAGAAAGCUCCAAGUGAUGAGGAUGAAGAAGCCUUCACCAUGAAGGGGAAAAGUCUGAGCCUUCAAAAGCAAUCGAGUGAAGAUGGUUCGAGCGAAAAGUAUAGCCCCGAGGAUGCACCAAAAUCGAGAUUGAGACGACCAAACAUCCCGAGGCUUGAAAUCCCCAACCGGGAGGACAUGCUGAAGCUGUUCUGGAAAGAACAGCAGCAAGAGCGCGAGCCAACUCCAACUCCAUCAUCAGACGGGUACAUCACAGCAGAAGAGGACUUCCCGGACGCUGCAGACGACUUCUCGGUCGCCAAGCGCAACCUGUUCGGAGGCGACAACGAGGAGGACUACUACGAGGAGCCUGUCCCGGAAGAAAAGAUCAUCAGGAGAUUGAAUUCCCAGAGAGGGAUGAAAUCGUACCAGCUCGCUCAUCGUUUAUCCUGCAAAUGGACCACGGGAGCUGGACCGCGCAUCGGGUGCAUGAGGGACUACCCGUUGGAGCUGCAGAACCGCGUGUUGGAGGAGGCGCAGCUGUCGCCUAGGCCCGCCCGGAGAUCGGCUCAUUCCAGUGCCCCCAGCUUCAGCAGAAGUCCAAUGGCAUGCAACAGUCCACUUGCACCAAAACCUCGUACCCCCUUAGUGCUGUCUCAAAGAGAAACAAAUAUCAUUCACUAGUAUUUAAUGGAAAA